CCUCGGCUGGCCGUUAUUGCGUAACCGCUCUGGCGAGAACACUGGGCAGCGCGGUCGUGUGAAGGGACUUGUAAAGCGUCUUUUACACACACACACACACACACACACACACAUAUAAUUUGAAGGUUAAUGGGACCGAAAAAGACGUACAUCAGCAUAGCGUAUGCCGUGGUCGGCACGCUGGUGGGCUUUUCGGCGUUUGUAGUGUGGAGCGUCGCGUACAAGCAGCCAUGGACGGUGGCUAUGGGCGGACUGUCAGGCGUGCUGGCGCUCUGGGCCCUGGUUACACACAUCAUGUACGUCCAGGACUACUGGCGCACCUGGCUGAAGGGACUGCGCUUCUUCAUGAUGGUCAGUGCGCUUUUCUCCAUGCUGGCCGUCGCAGCCUUCGCCACCUUCAUGACUCUCGCCAUAACGCAGAAGCAAGCAUUAUCAGAUCCCAACAGUUUUUAUCUGUCGUGUGUUUGGAGCUUUGUGACACUGAAGUGGGCCUUUCUCCUGGGUCUGUAUUCCUACCGCUACCACCAAGAGUUUGCAGACAUCAGCAUUCUCAGUGACUUCUGAUAGGCUGCUUCUCUGGACCUGAACGGAUUUAUGUCGUCCAGUUGGUGGCUUUUACCUGCCAGUCAGGAGGUGGGUAGAGACGGAUCUUGCGUGCCAAACCGGAAUAAGUAGACAGAGGUCUUCUUUCACACUGUUCCUUCUAUCACCACAAAACACCACUGACUGACCAUUCAUCCCUCCCUAAGAUACUGUGCUUCUGAAUCAGUCCUAGGAAAUUUGUAUGCAUUUCAUUCCUGUUACAUUUGUUUUCAAAUGCAAUGUAUUUAAAGGAGUAAUAUUGUGUAAAAGUGUAGUAUAAACCCUUAAGACUUGAGAGAGCCUUCAUGUGAAUGUUGCCAAAGCAUUAUUCUGUGAAGGCGUCCAAUUACUACGAGGGAUGGACUUGCUUGGCAGAUGUAAGCAAGGAGAAUGAUCAGAGAUUUGCACUUAGCUAUAUCUAAUAGCUUACACAGUGUUAUAUGGUAAUGAUUUUCCCAUGUUUAAUGUGUUUUUUUUUUUUUUUGUGAACACUAUUUUCAGUGGUUUUGCCAUAAUCCAUAAUUUUAUGCAUUGACUUUGCAUUGACAAUUAGCACAUCUUAAGCAAUACCUUUCAAUGCAAUUGUAUAUUUUUGUCAUUCGUGGGAACAAAAUGGCAACAAAACUCACUACACACCAAAUCCUGGCCGCUAUUCAAAUGUUACAUAUGUGUUUUGUCACACUAGGACACACACGAGUGCUUUACAGUACUCUUUGACGUCUAGCAUUGAAAAUAUACUUAAAUUCAGUUUUUGAAGGCUCUUUCAGAACAGACAAAUUUUUUUUAUUUUCUUUUGCUGCAGUCCAGUUUCAUUGGAGCAAACUGGUGCAAUUGUAUAUUGCAGAUGACAUUAGAAUGUUUAACCUAAGAAAUCUGGGCACUAGGAAAUGUGGAUCUGAAUCUAUCAAGUCUCUCAGAGGAAGUGUCCUUACACCCACUUUCAGCAAGUAAAACCUCUCUUUAGAAAAUGAAUGUGAUGCAUUUUAAAACAAAACAGGUGCAAAAUGGGAAGAAUGAUGACCCUUUGUUUUCUUUUUAAAAGUUAUGCUGUGGCUUCAACACAGAGAUACAGGUAAAAAAAAAAACUGUUCGAGAAUGGUGUAACUUGUAUGUGUUUAUCAUUAAGUAGCCUUAACUGUAGGCAAAAAAUGUUGCUAAAAUUGGUCAAUAAAUCAUGAUAUGUCAUUUCCAUCUAUGGAA